AAUUACUGGUUACGGAAACAAACAAAUACGCUACACAACAAACAAUAAAGGGUAUAUGUGAAGAGUCAAUCACUGAACACUCCAUUUUGGCUAAGUGGUAUGACACAAAUGAAAAUGAAUUUUUGCAUUUUUUUGGUCUUAUAAUCUGGAUGGGACUUGACCAAAAGCCUACGAUUAGAGAUUAUUUCAGUAAAAAGAUUCUUUAUAAAAGUGAUGUUCCAAAAUUAAGCCACAUAAGUAGAAAUCGGUUUGAGGCAUUGCUACAUUGUCUGCAUAUUUCUGAUAAUAAAAAUUGCCCACCAGGUGACAGAUUAUAUAAGAUUUCUCCACUUGUAAAAAUGUUAAAUAAAAAAUUUCAAAACAUUUGCAGUCCAAAAGAAAAAGUAUGCAUUGAUAAAACAAUGAUUCCAUUUAGGGGACGUUUAAGCUUUCUGCAGUAUAUUCCAGGGAAGAGGCACAAAUACGGUGUCAAACUAUUCAAACUUUGUAUUGAUGGGGGCUACACUUUUUCGAUUAAAAUAUAUGGCGGUGGUGGUGGAGGGCAAACUUUUGAUAAGCCAUUAGCUACAAGGGUUGUCAUGAAACUAAUAGAACCUCUUCUGAAUAAGGAUAGAACCCUAUUUACUGAUAACUUUUAUACAAGUGUUGGUCUAGCACAUGAGCUAAAUCAAAACCAGACACAUUUAGUUGGCACCCUGCGUCAAAAUCGAAAACUUAAUCCAAAGGCAGUUACAAAUUCCAAAUUGAAAAAAAGAUGAAAGGAAGAUGCAAAAAAGCAACACGAAAGUCGUAGUUGGAAAAUGGAAAGACAAGCGCGAUGUUUUAUUUCUGACAACGCAAGCUAUCCCAGAAAUGGUUAAGGUUCCAACAAGAAGAGAUCAAAAAGCUGCUUAUAGUUCUCCAGAACGCCGCAGAGUCAAAUGGUAUAGAAAAAUUGUCGUCGAACUAUUGACAAACACUGUUCUAGUCAAUGCCUUGGUCGUGUUCAAGGAAGUAACUGGAAAGAACAUGAGUGUGACAGAAUUUCAUGAGAAUAUCGUUUGUGCUUUGUUGAACAACAAAUCCAAAAAUAGCAUACAAGUGCAACAUAUUUUAGAGGAGAGGCAAACUCGAGGAAGGUGUUCAACUUAUUAACAGUUUGCAGAAAGAGAAGGGCGCCAAUCAGCUAUGAAAAAUGCGAAAAAAAUUCAUUCAUUUUGCCCUGCAUGCUCGGAAAAUAUUUCAUAUAUGUGUGUAAAAUGUUGAAAUCCAUACUGCUUUCAUUAAAAGCAAUAAUGGUUAGUAAUUAUAUUUUUGGUAUGAUUAGAAUAUUAUGUUAUGUUUAUAAUGAGAA